CAACGAAAACUGAUUAGAUUUUAUUUUGCAAAAAAUCAAAUCAAGUCUUUACCUUUCCAAUGGAAAUGAUAUAAAAAGUCUGUCGUAUUGAAAAUUACUAUCAUAGAAUCAUUUCCCUUCAAAAUGAAGACAGCCUUCGCACUUGUCCUGAUUGUGGCUUUUGUAGCCUCAGCAUUCGCUGUUUACAGUCACACUGAUGGAAAACCAGAUUGUACUGCUAAAAAUGUAGCAACUGGAAGCUUCCGUAACAAUUAUGAUCCCACAAGGUAUUGGGUGUGUGAAAAAGUUGGAGAAUCUCCCACAAGUGUUCCUUGUCCCCAAGAAACUGGAUUUUUGGAUUCGAAAAAGUCUUGUGUUGGCUGGGACCAAUGGGUGUGGGAAGAACCCUAUGAUCCACCAACUGCUUAAAAAAAAUGUCCUUUGAAAUAGAAAAAAAAAAUAACCCGGCAUUUGUGUUGAGAUUUGAAUAAAAUAUGUGUCUUCUAAAAAGUGAA